AUGGAACAACAGGAUCCAGAUACUCCCUGCACUCCAUCUGCCGUCACCCGUGAUACUGAACAUCGAUCGACUCGCCAGUCCCCACCGUCAUCACCCCCCUCAACCCUUACGCUUACACCAGCUCUUCAGCAUCGCACUGCGACACCCUCUUCUCGCCCGACAACACCAUUAUCGACUUCCGAACCCACCUUACGAUUUCCUCGUCCCCAAGUUAAUCGAUAUCUCGCCAACUGGAUUUCGUCCAGUGAUCCAAACAUUAUGCGUAUCACGACCACCACCGAGGACACCGGCUUGUCCGAAUCCACCUACGAACUCAUUACCGGCACCGACACUGAGUCUCAAGAUGGAAACUACACUGAGUCUGUGAACGAGUCCAUCGGCUCUGUCGACGAUAAUCAUCCCGAUGAUCAUAGCCUUGCCAGCACUGAGCAGUUCAACGACGACGAGUCUAUACUUGACGAAUAUGAGCCACGUACUCAACAGCCAGACCAAGAGCCGCAAGUUGUCUCUGCCGCUGUUGAUACCGAAGAGAUUACAUCGCCAGGACAAAGCUGGGCUUCAGUAGUAAAAGUCGGGCUCCAUCCUGAGGGCGAAAUUGAGGUUGAGCCUGCAGACGAACCCAUGGAUGAAUCUACUUGUAAAACCGAGCCCGAGUCCGAAUCAGAGGACGAAGCUCGAUCCCGAUGCUCUCUUGAGUAUACCCAGCAGAGCCUCAAGACCCCUUCAAUCCCUGGCCCCGACGCUAGCGGUACCAAGGACAACCCCAUUCAGAGUCAUUCGCCUGAUGACGUCCAGAAAGCUGAGAGCCGACGAGAACGAUGCAACAAGUGGCUGAAAGAGGUUCAGCAAGCCAAUAUAUGGCCCGCCGGGCGUAUCACACAAUCCAUCGAACCUAUCAUUCCCGAGAUCAUAUGUUGUGUCUUUGUUGUGAUUGUGACGAUGAUCCUCGUCCCACUGCUAAGAGGGAAUGCGGCACCCCACAACCCCGCAGCCACUUCCGCUGUCACAAUUCACCCCACUCUCUUGUCCUCUAGCCCAACUCAACCACCAACAUCGCAGGCUCCCUCGACGGCAACGGGAGCUACAGCACUUGUACCUCUUGAGAAUGUCCUUGCUGAUGAGUGGCUGUGGAGUGGCAAGCAGCCUGAUGUGACUGUCACCAGACAUCAAGGCGACUUUCUGAUUCACAUGCCUAAAGGUGUUAAGAAGUCAUGGCUUGAUAGAGACUGUCUCAGUUUCCAAGCUAAUCGUGACGAUGAGCCUGUUCUGUGGAGCGUUUCGUCUGUUGACGAAGGCAUGCUCCUCAAAAUUCCCAAGAGAGAGAGCUACGGGACUGUCAGAGUCGACAUUUUGUCUACUUGUCGUCCCAAGGUUCACAAGGUCCUCCGUAUCACAUUCGAUAGGGGCAUAAUCUCAGAGGCUCUAGACUAUUCCUGGAACUUUGCUCAUAAGAUCCCAGAGCUUGUACCCGCUGCUGCUCAAGAGGCAGAGCGGCGUCUUGAAGAGGCCAAACGCUCGUUAGAAACUGCUUCCGACAACCUCAAGACCUCGUCUGAUAAUCUAUGCAGAGAUAUAAGCUCCAGGCUAUACAACACCCAUCGAUCUUUGUGUUGGAUCAAGACAGGCAUACGGGAUCGUGUAAACCUGAUUAAGCACGGUAUCUCGAAGAAGGUUGAGACGGUUGCAAACGUUGAAGCUAUGCAGCAACAAGCUGAACUCGAUUUGCUUAGUGCUCAGAUCAGGGCUAAGCUCUGGUGGCUCAAGCUGACUGCGGGCAAGGAAGAACAUGACCGCUAUCACAACGCAGCUGAACAGUUUCUGGCCAACAAGGUGCGGAAGAACAGAGGCUUACAAAAGCCAAAGACCAAAGUCCCAGAGGCGUCAUCAUUUGGACGGCUCUUCUGGCCCCGGUGCUCGAGGAACUGUCAGACCAAGCAACAGGGAAAGAAGGCAUAG